AUGGACGCCUCCAGCCUUCCCACGUCUGUGGAGCGUAAUGAAAACCUUAUGGAGGUCGUCGAAUCCCUCCAGUACCUAAAUGGAGUCACCGCGGACUUGUCGCCUUGGAUAAAUGAACGUGUCAAAGAAUUGCAGGAUCGCGCUCAAGCAUGCUUCGCUCCCUACGAUACAGACAUCCAUGAGGAGCUCGCAUUGUACCAGGACUUUCUUAGCCUCAAGAACAAUGUCCACGAGUUCACAAAUUACCGCCACUUUCUGUGGCGACUUCAAGAGGCUGAUACACGCAACUUACUCGGUACCUAUCUCUCAGGUCGACUCUGGGCCCAGGAGUGGUAUCCGAACAUGCCUGUCCCACACGGCUGUGAGUACUGUUGGAACUGGCACACUAGUCGCGACCAAGAACUGGAAUGUGAGUUCCUCUUCGAUCCUCUGGAGAAAAUCUUCCAGGCUUACUUCCUCGAGCGAGCUCAAACCAACGAGUGGGUUGCAAAGGCCAUGAUUGGACGGACAGACGAACCCCAGCCACGGUCCCCCAUUGACGACUACUUGGUGCGGGUUUCUAACUACAGCCUGUACCACAAUCAUCCUGACGAUGGAUGGGAUAUCGAGCGAAUCUACGAUGUCUUGCUCGAGACAGAUAGGCGCGCGAGCGGCCUCCAUAUGAACUGCCGCGAGUUCCUCCACAUGGGUUGGGACAAGACGGUGGAGAGAAUCGACAGUGACGGCGACACCGCUCUAGCGCGCGUCCGCGGUAUGCUCAGCAACGCCCAGGCCAAGGAGCUCAUGCAGGCGAUACACUACGAUGGUAGGAUGUACUACGUCGCAUCAUUCUAUCUCGACUACGAUGGCAGGUACCUCGACCAACAGCCCCGCCAAUGGGUCAUUGAUGCCCUUGCUACGAACCCGCCCGGGCCGUGGGGUACCGGCGUCCCCUGGAAACGGAUCCUGACCGUCGACCGCUUCUGGCCUGUGUUCGAGGUCGACGAUAGGGGCAACGUCUUGGCGUGGUGCCAGUUCAUCGAGACUGGUCGCCGCUGGAAGAGACGUUGGGUCGGCACGCUCGACGGUGACUGGGAACUGCAGUCCAUCGUGGAGAACAAUAUGCGGAAUGAGUGGGCUUGGUCGGAAGCUGACAUCAUACAACAUAACGAGCUCCUUCGCAAUCGCAGGAUGAGGAUGAGCGGUAGCGCGGGGACCCUGGUGCAUGAGUACCAGUCCGACACUGGUGAUGCUCAGAAUGAAAGUCUGUAUGAAGCCGAUGAUGAGGCUGGUUACGACGGGUCUGACUACAGCGAGCCCGUCAAAGGCGAGCCCGGCCAUAGCGAAUCUGGCAAGAGCGAAUCUGGCCACAGCGUCCCUUGCAACGGCAAGCCUGGAAAAGGUAACCCUGAAGAAGGCGAACCCGGAAAGGACGAGCCUGUCCACGAUCAUGAUGAAGUUAUUGAUCCUCGUGGCGAAGAAGUAUUCGGCGAUGAGUCUCAUGACGUGGAUGAGGACAUUUCUCUGGGUAACUUGAGCCAUAACCUGGCUGUUGCCGAGCUAUGUCACCACUUCCGUGAUAGAGAGCGCAUGAGUCCUCGGGACAGCGAUGACGAGAGCAUAGACGUCUCGGUGGACUUCGAUGCAGAGCCAUAUCACACCAGCACUACGGACAGUGGAAGUGAGAGCGGGUAUGAGAUCGUUGAGGAUCAACCGGCUCCUAUUGAGAUCGAUUAUGAGAUCUUGGAUGAUCGACCAGGGAUGUGA